GCCUGCGGUCCCGGCCGCUCUGGUCCCGGGCUCCGCGCCCGGCCCCAGGGACAGCAGCGCCCGGUGUCCUGGGAGGGAGGGACCGAGGGAGGGCGCCGAGGGCGGGCCUGGAGCCGCUUUUUCCCUCCCUGGGAGCCGCCACCGUAGCCGGGCGGGGAGGGACCCACCGCGCGGCCGAGCCCUACAAAACCCUCCCCGGGGAACGGGCGAGGCGGGCGCCACGGAAAGGGACGCGGUGGCCCGGAUCCUGCGGUCCCCGGACGGCCCGGUCCCCGACGGCCGGCGCCCACCAUGCGCCCCGGCCCCGCGCCCCGGCCGCCCGCGCGCCUGCUCUGGCUCCUUCUAGCGCUCCUGGCGGCCGCGCCCGCCGACGGCAAGGGCUGCGCCUGUGCGGAGAAAGGCCCGUGUGUCUGCGGUGGGACCAAAGGCGAGAAGGGGGAGAAAGGCUUUCCUGGACCCCCUGGUUCUCCAGGCCAGAAAGGAUUCCCAGGUCCUGAAGGCUUGCCUGGACCACAGGGACCCAAGGGCCCCCCGGGACUUCCAGGACUCACUGGUCCCAAAGGUAUAAGGGGAAUAACUGGAUUACCAGGAUUUUCAGGUCCUCCUGGACUUCCAGGCCUCCCAGGCCAUGCUGGGCCCUAUGGACCUCCUGGCUUCCCAGGAUGCAAUGGUUCUAAGGGUGAACAAGGGUUUCCAGGGCUUCCAGGGACACCGGGAUACCCAGGGCUCAUGGGGGCUACUGGUUUGAAAGGACAAAAGGGUGUUCCUGCUCAAGCAGAAGGCCGAGAAUUCAAUGGAAAAGGUGACCUGGGGUGGCCAGGACCUCCAGGAUUCCAGGGUCUGCCAGGCCCCCCAGGCCUGCCUGGGCCUGCUGGCCCACCUGGACCUCCAGGACUCCUUGGUUUUCCAGGAGCGAGGGGACAUAUGGGACCUAAGGGUCACAUGGGUGACAAUGUAGUCGGACAAAAAGGAGAGCAGGGUGUGAAAGGACUGGCAGGACCCCCUGGACCACCAGGAACAGUUAUCGUGACGUUAACUGGCCCAGAUAACAAAACGGACCUCAGGGGUGAGAAGGGCGACGAGGGAAUCAGGGGCGAAGCAGGACCCCCUGGGCCCCCGGGACUGCCAGGCGAGUCAUACGGAUCUGAAAAAGGUGCUCCUGGAGAAACUGGCGCACAGGGAAAGCCUGGCAAAGAUGGUGCUCCCGGCUUCCCUGGCACUGAGGGACCCAAAGGCAACAGGGGCUUCCCUGGAUUAAUGGGUGAAGAUGGCAUUAAGGGAUGGAAAGGAGACACUGGCCUUCCAGGAUUUCGCGGUCCAACAGAAUAUUAUGAUGCAUACCAGGAAAAGGGAGAUGAAGGAAUUCCAGGCCCACCAGGCCCCAAAGGAGUUCGUGGCCCACAAGGUCCUAGCGGUCUCCCCGGAGUUCCUGGAAGCCCUGGAUCAUCAAGGCCUGGCUUUAGAGGACCCCCUGGGUGGCCCGGCUUGAAAGGAGACAAAGGAGUGCAAGGGACCCCAGGAAUGGACUCAGUGGGGCCUCCUGGGUCCCCAGGCUGUCCUGGCUUACCAGGCCCCACAGGGCCACCAGGCCCUCCAGGCCCUCCAGGUGACAUCGUCUUUCACAGUGGUCCACCUGGUGACCGCGGACCUCCAGGCCCACUAGGGUCUCCAGGAUUCCCAGGAGCUGAUGGACCCAAAGGAGAGCCAGGCCUUCUGUGUGUACAGUGCCCUCGCAUUCCUGGGUCUCCAGGUCUCCCAGGAUCACCAGGGCUAGAUGGUGUCAAAGGAAUCCCAGGAAGACAAGGUACAGCUGGCGCGAAAGGAAGCCCAGGGUCCCCCGGAAGCGCAGGUGUCCCAGGAUUUCCAGGAUUCCCAGGUGUUCAGGGAGCCCCAGGACCUAAAGGCCGGAAAGGUGAAACACUGCCGCCCCAGGGGCAAGUGGGGGCCCCGGGGGACCCUGGGCUCCAAGGGCCACCCGGGAGAAAGGGCCUGGACGGAACUCCUGGAACUCCGGGAGCAAAAGGAUUACCCGGACCUAGAGGCAGACCGGCCUUGAGUGGUGAGAAGGGGGACCAGGGUCCUCCAGGAGAUCCGGGCCCCCCUGGAUCCCCAGGACCUACAGGACCAGCUGGACCACCUGGCUAUGGACCUCAGGGAGAGCCAGGUCCAAAGGGCACCCAAGGAGUUCCUGGAGCCCUGGGACUGCCUGGAGAAGCCGGUCCUAAGGGAGAACCCAGCAUUUCGACACCCAUCCUAGGGCCCCCAGGACCUCCAGGGCCCCCUGGCCAUGCUGGCCCCCAAGGCCCUCCUGGUAUCCCUGGAUCCAUGGGAAAAUGCAGUUCUGGUUUUCCGGGACCUAAGGGAGAACCCGGAAUUCCUGGAAUUGGAUUUCCUGGGCCUCCUGGACUGAAGGGAGACCAAGGUUUUCCGGGAGCAAAAGGAUCCCCAGGUUGUCCUGGGAAAAUGGGAGAGCCUGGAUUGCCUGGAGAGCCAGGUUUCCCAGGAGCCAAGGGAGAACCAGGAUGGGCAAGACCCGGAGAACCAGGAACACCAGGAUUUCCAGGAUCAAGAGGCGAUUCAGGGGAAACUGGAGGAAUGGGCCUCCCCGGACUUCCAGGUCUUCCUGGAAAGCCAGGAAAACAAGGGCUUGAUGGACCUCGAGGAGAUGCAGGGCAGCCCGGACCACCUGGAGUAAGAGGACCCCCAGGAAUGUGCACGGAGGGGCCCAAGGGAGCCCAAGGACUUCCAGGCUUAAAUGGAUUAAAAGGACAGCCAGGCAGAAGAGGAGAAACAGGGACAAAGGGAGACCCAGGAAUUCCAGGUUUGGCUAGGUCAGGGAUCCCUGGAGAACCAGGACCACCAGGAAUGCCAGGUUGGCAUGGUGAGAAGGGACCACCUGGUCAAAAAGGACUUCCGGGAACUCCAGGAUUUUCAGGGCUACCAGGUGAAAAAGGAAUGGUUGGGAUGAUGGGAUAUCCAGGGCCGGCCGGCCUUCCCGGGUCUCCAGGGAACCCAGGCCCCCAGGGGCACCAGGGCAGCCCUGGGAUCCCAGGAGUAAAGGGUGACCAAGGGCCCCCAGGAGCCCAAGGGGAACAAGGAGAGAAAGGAACCCCAGGGCCUUCUCAGAUAGCCCACUUAAAGGGAGACAAAGGAGAACCAGGACUCAAAGGACUUAUAGGAAAUCCAGGUGAAAAAGGAAGUAGAGGCAUUCCAGGGUUACCAGGCUUGAAGGGCCUUGAAGGACGACCUGGGCCACCAGGACCACCAGGUCCUAGAGGAGAUCUGGGAAGCACUGGGAGUCCUGGAGAACCAGGACCACGCGGCAUGCCAGGAAACACGGGCAACAUGGGUGCUCCAGGUUCUAAAGGAAAAAGGGGAACUUUAGGACUCCCUGGUCUACCUGGAAGACCAGGGCUCCCAGGCAUUCAUGGCCUCCAAGGAGAUAAGGGAGAACCAGGUUAUUUAAAAGACACAAGGCCAGGACCUCCAGGACCAAAGGGAGAUCCAGGAUUGCCAGGCGACGUGGGACAGAAAGGAGAAAGAGGCCCACCUGGCCUUCCUGGGCAGCCGGGACCUGUUGGACCUGAGGGGAUCCCUGGGAGACCCGGAAGUCCUGGCCACCCAGGAAAGCCAGGUCCUGACGGUGAUUUGGGGCUGAAAGGAAUCAGAGGCUUCCCAGGCCCUCCAGGAAUCAAAGGCCCUCCAGGCUUUCUAGGGUUCCCAGGGCCUUCAGGACCAAUGGGUACAAGAGGUGACCAAGGACACGACGGGAUUCCUGGCCCUCCCGGAGAAAAGGGAGAAACAGGCUUGCUGGGGGCCCAUCCAGGCCCAAGAGGGGAUCCUGGUAUUCCAGGUACCAAAGGAGACAGGGGACCCCCUGGCUGGCCCGGCCUCCCUGGCAGGAAGGGAACCAUGGGAGAUACUGGGCCUCCAGGACCCACCGGAAUCGCAGGACUCCCAGGGCCACCAGGUCUGCCUGGGGUAGUCAUCCUUGGCCAAAAAGGAAACCGAGGCCCAGCAGGCUCAAGAGGAAAUCCAGGUGAGCCGGGUCCUCCUGGACCUCCAGGGAGGCACGCCCAAGGCAUAAAAGGUGACAAAGGAUUUAGAGGCCCACCUGGCCCAGAAGGUCCACCUGGAAUGGUAGGAGACAUAGGGCCACCAGGACUUCCAGGAGCACCGGGUACCCCAGGUUCUCCGGGGCUCAGAGGUGAUCCUGGAUUCCUUGGAUUUCCGGGCAUCAAAGGACAGAAGGGUAAUCUGGGAUUCCCAGGGUUGACUGGACCUCCAGGACCGGUUGGACCAAAAGGACCACCUGGUGCACGUGGAGACCCUGGCACACUUACAGUCAUCUCCCUUCCUGGAAGCCCAGGGCCACCUGGCUCACGUGGACAACCGGGGAUGCAAGGAGAACCUGGACCACUGGGGCCACCAGGAGAGCCAGGACCCUGUGGGCCAAGAGGUAAGCCAGGCAACGAUGGAAAACCGGGAACUCCUGGACCCACUGGAGAAAAAGGCAACAAAGGUUCUAAAGGACAGCAAGGACCGCCUGGAUUAGAUGGAUUGCCGGGUUUGAAGGGAAAACCUGGAGACAGUGGAUCACCUGCAACCGGGACAACGAUGACAGGCUUUGUCUUCACCCGCCAUAGUCAGACCACUGUGACCCCUUCCUGUCCAGAGGGGACACAGCCCCUCUACCAUGGCUUUUCUCUUCUUUUUGUACAAGGAAAUGAACGAGCCCAUGGACAAGACCUUGGAACUCUUGGCAGCUGUCUGCAGCGAUUUACUACAAUGCCAUUCUUAUUCUGCAACAUUAAUAAUGUAUGUAAUUUUGCAUCUCGAAAUGAUUAUUCAUACUGGCUGUCGACACCAACUCUGAUGGCAAUGGACAUGGCCCCAAUUACUGGCAGGGCCCUGGAGCCUUAUAUCAGCAGAUGCACUGUCUGUGAGGGUCCAGCGAUGGCCAUAGCAAUUCAUAGUCAAACCACUGCCAUUCCUCCUUGUCCCCAAGGCUGGAUUUCUCUCUGGAAGGGAUUUUCUUUCAUCAUGUUCACAAGUGCAGGUUCUGAGGGUGCUGGACAGGCACUGGCCUCCCCCGGCUCCUGUCUGGAGGAAUUCCGAGCCAAUCCAUUCAUAGAAUGUCAUGGAAGAGGAACGUGCAACUACUACUCCAAUUCCUACAGCUUCUGGUUGGCUUCCUUACACCCAGAAAGAAUGUUCAGAAAACCUAUUCCAUCAACUGUGAAAGCUGGGGAGUUAGAAAAAAUAAUAAGUCGCUGUCAGGUGUGCAUGAAGAAAAGACAUUGAAGAAAUUAAAGAAAAUAGG